AUGAUCGUUAUAAGCAAUGAACAUACGACGACGACGUCUACUCGAAAAACCCAUCAAAUGUCCAAGGCGGAGAUGAGACAAGUUGUAGCCAUCGCUGUACUUCAUCGAUUGCACGAAUGGUGUGUUCAACUAUUUUGGAUAACCAUUCUAUGUGUGAUGGGAUGCUGUGGAGAUGAGAAGUCUACUUCUGAUCUCAAGAAAUCCAAUAGCUUAUAUCUCACUUCAUCUGACAAUCGAAGAGCAUCUAUCCGACACAAUCUUGCUGAAAUCGAAUUAAAAGUUCUCCGUCAUUUGACUGCUCCACAACUUAUUCGAGGAAAUCGCUCAUCUUCCCGAAGUUCCAAAAGACGGCCACUAUCACGUCCACCCAGUCCACAGCUGUUUGCCAUAGCUGAAGAGCAAGAAUAA